AUCACUGUCCAGGAUAAAACGAUUAAUGAAAACACACCUUAAAUUUUGAAUUUCACAGCAAAUUGCAUAUGCAUUAAUGACGAAAAGGCCUAAUAAUUAUAUAACUCUGGUUUUUCUUUUCGUAUAUUUCUAUCUUUGUUCCUUCCUGCACCAAUCUUUCACUCAGCUCAGUCGUUUGACCUAAUAACCCUCCUUUAUUCACUCUGAGCUGCUCAGAUCAAAAAGCCCUCCUGCACUGGUGGCAUUUCAGACACAAGAAUGAUCAAGAGGGGCGCUUGAAAAGAAGAAGCAUCUAUAAAAAACAUCUCUGUUCCUCUCAGUUCUCGCUGCCAAACCUGUCAUUGGGGACAAGACUUCUCUUGCUGCCUCCCAACUGGAAAUGCAUGACCUGGAUUUGUACAUUUACUAGUUCUGUAGUUGAACCCUUUUAAAAGAAAAAAACAAAACUGUGUCAAACAUAUCGCCAUAAAAAAGACACAAGGAGGUCAGUAAGUUUAAACAGUAUUAAAAAACAACAACACUGCUACACCGUAUACACAUAUACCAGAGCAACACAGUCUUUCAAGUCAUUACCAUGUUACUGUUAUUGCAGUGCUUAGAAUGGACCUUCACCCAAACAUCGUCUGGGGCAUUAUCAUAGGAAAUUAAGUGUACAGAGCCAAGGAUGAGCUACAGUCUGUAAUUGUAUACCCACAAAGUGCAUCUAUGUGGGGUCCUAAAGGAGUGUGGACGAUGGAGGAGAAGGGGGAGUCUCCGCAGUUUGACACCACUUUCGAGGAGGCGAAGCCUAGUCUGACCCACAUGGCGCUGCUUCAGUUGCAGAGAGCCGGCUACCUCAAAUACCUCAUCAGCCAGAACGUAGACGGCCUUCAUGUGCGCUCCGGCUUCCCCAGGGAUCGUUUAUCUGAGCUUCAUGGAAACAUGUUUGUAGAAGAAUGUGAGAAAUGUGGCAAGCAGUACGUGCGUGAGAAAGUCAUCGGGGUCAUGGGUCUCAAACCCACCGGCCGUUAUUGUGAAGAGACCCGUUCCAGAGGACUCCGGGCCUGCAGGGGGAAGCUGAUCAGCACGAUCCUGGACUGGGAGGACUCGCUGCCGGACCGUGACCUGAACCGGGCCAACGAGGCCAGCAGACGAGCCGACCUGGCUCUUACUUUGGGUACGUCUCUGCAAAUUAAGCCCAGCGGGGAUCUGCCUCUUCUGACCAAACGUACCGGAGGCAAAGUGGUUAUAGUCAACCUGCAGUCGACAAAACAUGACAAACACGCCCACCUGCGAAUCCAUGGUUAUGUGGACGAGGUCAUGAAGCAGCUGAUGAAACUCCUGGGCCUGGAGAUCCCAGACUGGACCGGGCCGACGCUGUGCGAGCUCUCCGGGGGCGACGCCGACAUCCUGCCCUUCGGCGCCUGGAAAAAGGAAGUAAAGAUCGAGCUGAAGAUCGAGGAGAAGAAAGAACCUGGGCUGAAGAGAAAAACAGCGAAGAAAGAGGAUGACGUAAAGAAUACGGACCGAGUCAAAACAGAGCAAAAAGAAGAAAAUGAAACGACGGACGUUUGUAAGCAGGAGCCUUUAAAUGACGUUGCCAAUGGUGAAGAUGCACAAAAAUUAUGUGGCGUUAAAAAACCUCGGAUUGAGACGUCGUCUCUGUAGAGCCGCCAGGUUUCAUGACUGGCAGAGAAAAGACCAGCAAUACAAACUCAGGCAGACAAAUCCUACAGUACUGUACUUUUCAUAAGCAGCCAGUGUGUGGACUUUCGUCCUCAAGUGUGUGUUAAUUGUGCAGACAGAUUAGUUGUUUUUUAUUUGGAGUACAGAUCUGAGACACUGAAGCAUCAGUCGCUUCUCACUGAUCAUACGAUCAGCUGUGAGUCUAGGUGCCAAGCGUCCGUUUUCAGCUUGAGCUUACAGGCGAGUUGUGUCAUUUUUAUACUCAUGAGAGCGUUCUAUGAUCCCUAAUGCAAUAUGGAUAGGGUGCUGUCAACCCCCCGAAUUAAGCAAGUGGAUAUGAAUUCUCAUUGGCGUCAAACAUUCAGACCUGUACCAUUCUUACAGUGUAUGCCAGAGCAUUUCUCAACUCAAUGUUUUUUGUCACCCAUCUAUAGACAAGGGGGGCAAAUAAUUUUGAAAAGCAACUUUCAUUCACAUUGACCAAACAACAAACAUUUUUACUUCAAAUUUUUAUAACAAACAGUCCAUACUGGUAGAGCCCUAUACAUUUUAUUUUUCUCAAAUUUUGCACAAUUACCUUCGGACAUUUGGAUAUUUUGUACUCUUUGUUUACACUAAUUUACUUAGGUUAAACCAUAAGCAACAGCUAUUUCGUCUGAUUGCUACGUUUCUUCAUCCUGCCCAAAACCACAUGUAAACAAGCCACAGAUCUGAAGUCAUAAGAACUGAUUUGAGUUACCACGGUAAGCAUUAAUAAUAAGAUACAUCAGAAGCUUGUCGAGUCAAGCAUGAUGGGCUUAGAUUUUGUUUUAUUUCAGCCCUUCACUUAUUUCAGUUGUCCCGCUAAGCCAGACUGUAUAGGACAAAUAAACACUAUAUAGUAUUUUCCAUUUAUGAUCCCAUCACUUUAUAUUCUACUGUUUUGUACUAACCCGUGCUUGGUAAUAAAGAAGGUGAGUGAGUGGUGCUGGAGUGAG